AUGACUGCCACACAAAUUCCAACAACACCAGCCCAGAAUGUCUACCCCCAUCUCAGGCGAUCUGUCAAGGGUUCAGAUCAGCUCAUCGUCAAAGGGAAACCUUUCUUGAUGCUUCCUGGCGAGUUACACAACUCAUCCCUUAGUUCCGCCAAGUUCAUGAGUGAAGUUUGGCCGACAAUGAAAUCCGAUCACAUCAACACGUUGCUUGGUUCGGUAACAUGGGAAAUGAUUGAACCCAAGGAAGGCCACUUUAACUUCAGUGAGCUUGAUUUGGUCCUGCAAGGCGCCAGAGAGCACGAUAUGCACCUCGUUCUGCUCUGGUUCGGAACAUACAAGAACGGUCUUUCAACAUAUGCCCCAGGAUGGGUCAAGAGGGAUUCCAAGCGGUUCCCCCGAGUUCAAGUUCUUGAAGCUGGUGGCGUCAAGAGGACACUCGAGAUGAUUACUCCUCUAUGUGAAGCCGCGUGUGAGGCGGAUUCUCGAGCCUUUGCUGCCCUAUUACGACACCUUGCAGAAGUUGACUCGCAGUACCAGACUGUUUUGAUGGUUCAAGUUCAGAAUGAGACCGGAGUCCUCGGAGAUUCUCGGGAUCGAUCGCAUCGAGCUAACAAAGCGUUUGCUGAACCCAUUCCAAGUGAGCUUCUACAGUAUCUGAGUCGCGUCGAUACCCACUCAAGAUUUAAGAAACGAAUCUCAAGUGUUCCCUCAUCAGGUACCCAGUCCUGGGAGUCCCUUUUCGGACCCGGGGCAGCAGCCGAUGAGGCCUUUAUGGCGCAUUUAAUCUCCUCUUACGUGGGACGCGUCGCCGCAGCAGGAAAGGCCGAGUAUCCUAUCCCUCUGUACACAAAUACAUGGCUCAAUAUUGAAGGACAGUCAGAGCUGGACUUUGGUGGAGGCGCGCCAGUUGUGGUUGGAGGCGGUGACAAACCUGGGAUUUACCCAUCUGGAGGUCCUUGCCCUCAUGUUUUGGAUAUCUGGCGAUUUAACACGCCCUCGCUGGACUUCCUAGCACCGGAUCUUUACUUUCACGACUACGAAACUGUCUGUCGCAACUAUACAGAACAAGGAAACACUCUCUUCAUCCCGGAACAGAGGCGCGAUGAACAUGGAGCGCGACGCGUCUGGUUAUCCUACGCGACUUACGGCGCUCUUGGAGCUAGCCCGUUUGGUAUCGAUACUGGCUCUGACAUCAUUGGCCGCGAGUUCAAGCUUCUCGACCAGACCAAGCAAUAUCUUCUCAAUGCUGCACCCGAAGAUCGCUUUGGCUUCUAUUUUGACGAAGAGCCAAGCGAGAAGAAGCCGGAACAAUGGACUCGCACAUUCGGUGAUAUCAAGGUCAUCGUUGAGCGUUGCUUCGUCUUUGGCAAGCCUAGCUCCGGCGCUGGAAUGAUUAUUCACUUGGGUAAUUCCAAAUUUCUCCUUGUCGGCCGGGGCUUCCACGCCCGUUUCAAAGCAGCUCAUAUGGAUGCAACCUUUGGUGGGAUCCUUUGGGGCGAGGAGAAGGAGGUUGAUGAGAACGGAAACCUACAGACACUGAGAAUUUUAAAUGGGGAUGAGACGAGGCACGGCGAAUUCAUGAUGAUGCCUAAUGACGAUCCCGAUUAUGGCGGGUUUCCUAUUGCUGUUACGCCUGGAGCGAGGACUUGUAUCGCUGAAGUGGAGGCCUAUUGGAUUGCCGAGGAUGAAGAUGACCGAUAA